AUGCCUCCCCCAGAUAACUGGAUAACGACUCACCCGCCGCCCAGUGUUCCACCAGGACCAGAGGCCACCUUAAUGCCCGAUCCAGGGCCAGGCGAAGUUCCGGCAGCAGCCAACGCUCCUCCGCCAGCUCUCCCGGAAUUCAUAGAGCCGCUGUUUCAGCAAGCUCCAGUCCCAGUAAUGGAGACCUCCGGUCAACGCCCCCAGAAUUCCACCUCAGCUGGACCUCUAGAUUGUGUCCACCUCUCCCGCCACAAUUAUACAUCAAAAGAGAAACACGAUGAUGCAACAGUUUGCCCAGACCUGUGUAACUGA